AACCAAAGAAGACUUUUUCUGUUAAAAUAAAAAAUUCAAAGAAAGACUUUUCUUUUUUGAAAGAAACACAAACAAACCCAGUUACAUAUCUCCGUGAUCAGGAAAGAAGAAGAAACCUAUAUUGUUAGAUUAAAUCCAAAUUAUCAUAUUUUCUGAAUACCAAAAACAAAAAAAAAAAAAUCCAAAUUAUCAUAUUUUCUUUCUGCAACCAAAAAAAAUCAAAGAACCUUCUGCAACAAGAAAAGCGACGUAACGAACGUCGUCGUUUUAAUCCCAAAACCCAAACCUCAAAACUAUGGGUUCUAUCCCUCCAUGACCACAAUCUUUAUCGUAGAAAUUAUCAUCAGAAAUCGAUUAAUUUGAGUUACGUGUUGUUUAAAAUAGGAUGUCGAAUUUAUACGGUGAUUACAAUCAAAAGAUCGAUUACGUUUUCAAAGUUGUUUUGAUUGGUGAUUCUGCGGUAGGAAAAACUCAGCUUCUUGCUCGUUUUUCAAGAAAUCAAUUCAACGUUGAUUCUAAAGCUACAAUCGGUGUUGAAUUUCAGACCAAAACGCUUAUCAUUGAUAAUAAAACUGUUAAGGCUCAAAUUUGGGAUACUGCUGGUCAAGAAAGGUACAGAGCAGUAACAAGUGCUUAUUAUCGCGGAGCUGUUGGAGCAAUGUUAGUUUAUGACAUGACUAAGCGUCAAUCAUUCGAUCACAUGUCAAGGUGGUUAGAGGAACUGAGGGGUCAUGCAGACACAAAUAUUGUCAUAAUGCUAAUCGGCAACAAGUGUGAUCUAGGAACUCUCAAGGCAGUACCAACUGAAGAUGCACAGGAGUUUGCACAAAGAGAGAACCUAUUCUUUAUGGAGACAUCAGCACUUGAGUCGACUAAUGUGGAAACUGCCUUUCUGACUAUUUUAACUGAAAUUUACCGACUUAUCAGCAAGAAAACACUUACUGCCAAUGAUGAGGCCGAUCCUGGUGGUAGUUCAGGGCUUCUGAAGGGAACCAGGAUAAUUGUUCCUAAUCAAGAUAUGAAUGAUAAGAAGGGUGGUUGCUGUGGAUAAUCUUAGCUUUUUCUUGUUCUGGUCUUCUUGGGAAGCUUAUUGCUCACUCUGGCUCUGCCUACAUGUGAGUGGGUGUUUUUAGAGAGGGUAGUUCAAUCUCAUCAGCAAAAUGUAGGAUUUAUUUGUUUAAUACUGUACGCUUCUUCUGCUUGCGAAACCUUGCGAAACAUACAGUCUUUUUUUGCAUUUUUCUUUUCUGCCCUUUCUGGUUGUAGGAUUUAAACUUGUUUAUACAACAAAUUCAUGGCUGUGAAGGCAUGGUUCAGUUCAGAAGGAGGAAUGGAAACAGUACACAACUUGUUGGAUACAUUUUAUAUUUGGCAACUAGUUUAGGAAAAAGCUGAUGUAAUAUGUGCAGGUGUAUGAAGUGCAUUAGUGAGGGGUAUUACAUUCCAUUUAAAUUUGAAUUGAAGUUUCUAAAAUA